CCCCUUAAAGGAGCCGCCGAGGCCUUCAGGGCCCGGGCGAAGCAAUUCCUCGGUCCCUGGCCCCAACUGCGGCAUGGAGUCGUCCCGCGGGCCACCUGGGCCCGAGGCGGACCUUGUGACUUUGGAAGAGCAGCAAACCUCGAUCUUAGGCUGCGGGCCGGGCCGAACGUCCUCUGAGGUGUCCCCAGGCCUCCGGGUGUCAGGGGAGGAAGAGAACGUUGGGGGCACGAGUCGUCUCCCCAGGGCGUCCCCGAAGACUUCGAGCUGCAGCAGCGCCCACCGAGCGGAGCGGGAGGCCGAGGACGGGCCGCGCCGGGGAGGAUCGCUGUCUGGGGCGGGGAGCCGCCAGGGGGCUCCGGGUCCCGAGUACGACCCGCCUGGGUCCUCGCUGCGCAAAGACCCGGAGCCGACCGAAGAUCUGCCCGUAUCCGAGAGGGUCAGCCGUCGGGGGAGCCCCGGCGGCGGGGGAGCGGAUGCCGACCGGGAGGAAGACGAGGAGGCGGCGGCGGCGGCCGGCAGGGCGGGCCGGUCGUUCUCCAGCCGCCUUCAGGACAGCCGCAGCCUGGACGGGCUGAGCGGGGCGUGCGGCAGCGCCGGGCCCGCGGGGGGCGGAGAGUCUGUCGCCGGGGGCGGGCGGCGCGCCACCAUCUCCAGCCCCCUGGAACUCGAAGGCACCGUGAGCCGCCAUGGCGACCUCACCCACUUCGUGGCUAAUAAUCUGCAACUCAAGAUCCGUCUGAGCGCUGCCCCUCCACCUCCUGCCCCUGCCCCUGCCCCUGCCCCGCCCUGUCCAGCGCCCGCACCUACGCCCGCCAUCCCCCCCAUCGACCCCGACGUGCUGCGGGACCUGGAGCGGCUGAGUCGGGAGCUGGGCAGCAGGGUGGACCGUCUGCUGCGCGGGCUGGGUGGUGCCGUGCAGGAGUUGACAGCGUUGAGCGUGGGCUGCAUCCAGACCUACCGCGACGCCGUGGACUCCCUCGGCGAAGCCGUGGACAUGAGCAUCAAGGGCAUGUACACCCUGCUGGCGCGCUGCGAGGAACUGGAGCGAGCUCUGCAGCCCGUCCAUGGGCUGGCGCGCCAAGUGCGGGAUAUCCGACGCACCCUGGAGGUGCUGGAGGCCCUGUGCAAAUGAACCGGAGGGCAGGAGAGGCCUGGUUAAUGCAGGCCAGGACCCAGAAGGAUCCUAAGGACUCUGCAAGGAGCCCAGUUGGGGAACAGCCUGUAUGUUGGAAGGUCUUCUAGCAAUGUGUGGCAGGCCCCGUGCUCACUCCCAGGGGCACAGUGCGGACACAUGUGGGGAAGUUCUAAAGUCUCUCCUGGUGGGAGGAGAUGAUACUCAGCUUCUGUUUAGUUGGCCAUCUGUAGCUACCUUAUUCUCCCCAACUUAAUUCUCUAGCUAGAGCACCAUCCUUGGGAAGCCAGGUCUCAGCUUGGGGGACAUUAUUGCCAUUAGCGAUCAAGAAGGAACAAAGGAGGUCCCAGCCCCCACUGUGGCCUUCCUGACUUUAGUCAGUUGCCACAUCUCAGGUGCCAGGGGUUGUGGGAACUUGCGUGGUUCUUAGCCACACAACAUGCAGACAAAAUGCACAUGGGCUGAUGGAUAAGCUGCUUCUGCCCUCUGAACCCCGCCCCUCACCCCUCACCCCUCACCCCCCCCCCCAUACACAUAUUCACACCACCAACCCAUUUCUUCUGUCAGAAUAGGGUGGAGUUUGGAGGAAUGCAUUGUAAGGCAGAGGGGAUGAGCUGGGAGGGGGGGUCUCAUUGGUCUCAGGGUUCAGAUAGAAGGAUUGUUCCUGGUUUUAAAAUCCACCUGUUGUGUUCUAAUGAGUUUUGGCUUUCUGAGCUCUUGUGGAAUUAAAGUGCUGCUGCUGCUG